AUGGCUAAGAAGAAAAAGUUGCAGCUGAAACCUGUAGCGCGCACAUUCGCCACUACAUCGAUGCCGAAGAAGGUCGAAGCUGCAGAAGACGAGGCUACAGGAACAGCUGAGGAGUCUACUACCACCGCGACGUCCGAUACAAAGGAUGUAUCCCAAGGGCCUCAGGAGGAAGGCACUACACGAGCUACAUUAGGCGCUUCAUCUGGAACCGGGGUUGAAGAACCAGACGAGUUACAAGCGAUAGUGGACAAACACCAGGAUAAAACCCAGCGAGAGGUGAUGAGGACAAUCAAAGCUAUUGAAUAUGAUAAGCGGUUUGCGAAGACACUGCCGUCAUUAGAACUUGAUACGGAUCUUAUUGAUGAAAUAUUUGUCUUGUAUGAAAAACAUGGUAAAUGUUUCAAUAAGACCGUUGAAGGCUCCUCUGAGAAGGCAUUGACACGCCUUGGAGUUACCUUUGGUGUCCUUCGCAGGCUUGGGUUCUCCGAGGAGGUGGUGGAUCAAUGUCUGCGUCAGAUUGCUGGGGUCGAACUAGAGGAGGCAUAUGAAUGGGUGAGCAAGAGAUAUACAGGGAGUCUUCUUUAUUCCAUGACUGACCACGUCAAGCUUGCAAUGAAUGUCCCGGAGGAGGACUUUUUAGCUGCAGGUACACAAUUUUCGUGCCCCAUUCGUUCAAUGCUAAGGUGUCACUGCUUUGUAGCGCCUGACGCUGACACCAACUUGUCCCGUUCGAAUCACCAAUCUGCGGAUUUCGAAUCAAGUACUGGCUAUUCAACUCCAGCAAGAGAGGUCGACACGGCUGCCAAGCCGUCCGCUGCAACUCGUGCAAGCGACAGAACAGCUUUGUCAGCUCCCACGAAAACCAAUGCGGAAAAAGGCCGUGCCACUCUUGAUUAUAGCUCAAUAGAUCUUGAUGACCCUACCGCUGAAUACGUGCGGACGAAGAUCCUACUUACCAAGCGCGAUCGUAAACUGGCAUCAAGGGAUUGUACCGACAGCCUUAGCGAUGAAGAGCUUCACAAACGCCUCGGCGCGUGCCAGACUCAUUACUUCUUCAGAGCGAAGGAUGCUGAGACUCAGUAUCGACAAGAACUCAAACAACUCAACUCGCUGAAACUGCAAGCAAAAUUGCAUGGUCAAACCGCCCUACAUUCAGAGAUUACGCAUUCGAGUUCAACGCCAGCUUUGGAGACGCAGGCAGUGAACAUAGUCGCUUCACCUGCCGAAGACAUCCUUGAAGCUGGCGAUGACGACGAUGGUGCUGGUUUCUUCCAAAUCCUUGACGACCUACCUUCCCAAGAGACAGGUCCAGGGGGGACAGUGGUCACGCUCAAGAACAUGACUGUACCCAAACACUGGUCAGGACGAUUGCCCAAGGUCUUUCUUGCAGAGGCUGCGGCUAAGCUCGACAAGUAUGCCGUUGUGACUUAUCGCAUCAUAUCAGGUGCUAGCAGAGCCAAGAGGGCUAGUGUUCACGUCUUAUGGGAAGGGAAACGGCAAGAAGAGUGGUUCAUGGAAGAUGCUGCAUGUCCGGAUGACAAUCAGGCCGAACAGUACAUCGCUCUGGCUGCCCUCCAUUCUCUGACAUUCCCGCCCUCCAACGGAUUUGCAGGUGGAACCCAGACCACUGUCCAUAGUCCCACUUUUUUCCGGUUACUGCCACCUGCGUAUAGGGACUUAUGGGACGAACUUGAGGCAAAGCGAAAGGUUCACGAGGAUGACGUCAACAAAUCUGCCUGGGCGAAGGUGAAGGACAUCGCUGAAGCAAAAUGGGAUCUCGCGCAGCAGAACAAAACUAAAGGUUCUGAGAGUGAAAGACAAAAUCAAGGCUCCAACAUCAAGAAGUCGCGUCCUGCCAAAGAGAUGCAUAGUGAGGAUUUGGUGCAAGAACUUAGAGUAAGGCAGGAAAGUCAGGCUUACCAAGAAAUGCUGCGCUAUCGCAAUGGACUGCCCAUCGCAAAGUAUAGACAGGAAAUCAUAAAUACGUUGGAACAAAGUCAGAUCCUUGUCCUCAGCGGGGAAACCGGAUGUGGAAAAUCGACCCAAGUUCCUUCAUUCAUAAUGGAGGAUCAACUAUCACGAGGACAGCCCUGUCGCAUUUACUGUACAGAGCCACGCCGCAUAUCUGCAAUUUCGCUGGCUCAACGUGUAUCUGCCGAGCUCGGUGAAGCACCUGGUUCGGUUGGCACUCUCAAUUCCCUCGUUGGCUAUUCCAUUCGGCUCGAAAGCAACACUACCAAGAAUACGCGUUUGGCCUAUGUCACCAAUGGUAUAGCUCUACGUAUGUUGGAGUCAGGUUCCGGCUCUAGUGGCCAAGGAAGUGCUUUCGAUGAGAUAACCCAUAUCAUUAUUGACGAAGUACAUGAGCGUAGCAUCGAAUCUGACUUCUUGUUGAUUGUGCUGAAGUCGCUGAUCUCUCAACGGCCGGACCUCAGGCAUGUGAUUAUUCUAAUGUCUGCAACGGUAGACGCAGAGAAGAUCUCCAGUUUCUUCGGUGGCUGCCCUACUUUGCAUGUCCCUGGUCGAACAUUCCCUGUGGAUGUGCGCUUCCUUGAAGACAGCAUCGAAUUGACAAAGUGGUCGCUGACGGAAGACUCUGCUUAUGCCAGAAGGCUGAACGACAAGUUUUACCGCAGCAAAGAUCGUGCGGAAUGGUCUGAAGAUGUUAUCCAAAGAGAAGAUGAUGAUGACGCGCAAGCAACUGUCAAGCUUGAGAAGCGCUACUCGCCCGAGACGACCAAGGCCAUCAAUUUGCUCGAUGAACGUGCCCUCCCUUACGAUCUCAUUGUUCGUUUGUUAGAACGGUUGUGCUUUGAAGAUCCUGCUUAUCGUUCUUUCUCCCCCGCAACUCUGAUCUUCAUGCCCGGUUUGGGCGAGAUACGGAAGAUGAACGAUAUACUUCAAGAGCAUCCUCACUUCGGAAACGAAUCAUCAUUUAGGAUAUACCCUCUUCAUUCUGCGCUUUCGACAGAAAAUCAGACGUCAGUGUUUGACAUACCUCCGCCUGGUGUGCGUAAGAUCGUGAUAGCCACAAACAUCGCAGAAACAGGAAUCACUAUACCCGACAUCACCUGUGUCAUUGACUCUGGGAAGCAGCGAGAAAUGAGGUUUGAUGAGAAGCGACAAAUCAGCCGCUUGAUAGAGACCUUUGUUGCCAAAAGUAACGCAGCACAAAGGCGAGGACGUGCCGGACGUGUCCAGAAUGGACUGUGCUUCCACCUGUUCACCCGGAUACGGCAUGAUACUAUGCUUGCGGACCACCCUCUGCCCGAAAUGAUGCGCCUGAGCUUAUCUGACCUUGCCCUACGCAUAAAAAUCAUGAAGGUCAAGAUUGGCACCUCAAUCGAAGAUGUCUUAAGUCGAGCGAUGGAUCCGCCCUCGUCAAUCAAUAUACAACGCGCUGUUUCAGCAUUAGUGGAGGUUCGAGCGCUGACACUCUCUGAAGAGAUCACCCCACUAGGGCGUCUACUCAGCAAACUACCAACAGAUGUUCAUCUUGGGAAGUUCUUACUGACUUCCGUUGUCUUGCGCUGUCUAGACCCCGCUCUGACGAUUGCCGCGGCUCUAAGCUCCAAAUCUCCAUUUGUCACCCCCUUUGGCUUGGAGCAGGAAGCUGAUCGUGCAAAAAUGACCUUCCGUGUCGGUGACUCAGACUUCUUGACGAUCCACAACGCUUUCGCUAGUUGGCGAAGAGCAACAGGAAACCAUGGCUAUGCUCGAACAUUCUGCCGGAAGCAUUAUUUAAGCCAACAGAACCUACAGCAAAUCGAGGAACUACGUCAGCAGUUUCUAGGCUACUUGAUAGAUUCCUCUUUCCUUCAAGUAGACAAAGCGUUUGUUAAAGAGCUAACAAGAGCUCGAUCGACACGAUGUCUUGUUACUAUCCCACCCGUUUUGGAUGAGAAUAGCUUGGACCCAGCCUUCGUUCAUGCCGCAUUGACUGCUGGCCUUUACCCGAAGCUUCUGGCUCUGGAUCCCACGAAUCAACAGAUGCGUACGAUAUCCAAUAACCAGAUGGUGUCCGCGCACCCGUCGUCCAUAAAUUUUGGACGAAAAGCUAUUGAUUUUGGAGUGAACCAUUUAACUUACUUCACUUUGAUGCACUCGAGGAAGCUUUAUGCUUGGGAGACGGCACCUGUGGACGACCUUGCAAUCCUUCUAUUCUGCGGGGACUGCGACUUCAAGCUGAUUGCAAAUUCGGCUUUUGUGGAUCGCAAGAUCAGAUUCCAACUAACACCUAGGGCUAACGUUGCGCUCAAGAUUUUACGGACUCACCUUGCGGACGUCCUGUCUCAGCAAUUUCGAUGCCGACCACUUACAGAAUCACAGACUGUCUGGCAGUGCGUAGCGAUGAAAGCACUCGCCAAAAUGAAGGAGGACAUUCCAUAG